AUGAUUUUCUAUCAAGCGCCACAUAUAAUAUCCCUUGAUGUUUCACUGCAAGGCGAUGCAUCACAUAUUCAUUCUCUAUCUCUAAAUUCUCAAUUGAGGCGACUAACUCUAAAAAUUGAUGAUUCAUCAAUAUUACUAACUCAAAUCGAGCAAGUUUUAUCAAAACUAACCAAAUUGAUAUACUUUGAAUUGUGUGCUAAAGGUGAUCGUGAUCUUGCUAAUGGUCAUCAAUGGAAAAUAUUGAGUGAAGCUCUCACGACAUUCAAUUUCAAUUCAAUAAAAAAUAUGAAUUAUUUUAUUGAAGAAUUAUUACGUCUUUUUCCAUAUGUUGAACAUUUACAAAUGUCAUCUUUGAAUUCGAGGAAACAGAUAAUUCGAUUGAUCGAUGGUUUCAAAUAUUUAUCAAGUGCAUCAUUCACCGUUAAAUCACCAUAUAAUGAAGACGAACGACGUUGGUAUUUCGACCCAGAUUUGUCAAUAUUUGGCACACGACGACUAAGCAAAGACAAUUUUAGAUGUCGAGUUUAUCGUUUGACUCGUACAAAUUCGUCUUACAACGUUCAUAUAUGGAUUGGAAAACAGACAUGUCGAAAAUGUUGGCUAACUUAUUGUUCUCCCCGAAGAGGAUAUUACUGGCAUCGAUUAAUAACAUAG